AUGUUUGGCAUAUCUGGUAACCUACCCACUCUGUCACUACAGUCUGGAAACCUCAUAGAGACGGGCUACAAUCUCAUUACAAUCAUCAACGUAAGUGGCAGCAUUCGCCGUCUCGUUUCGGGCUUCCCAGGAGAUCAAUUCGGGCAUUGUAACGUCCUAUUUCUCGCAAUCAUUCUGACAAGAAUUUGCACGGGGAUUACGCUUGUGCCGUUUGCUACAACACAGGUGAACGCAUUGUAUGCCUUUGCGACGCUGUGGGGCUUGGGCACUGGUUUCUUCUCAGCCCUGAUCCCAGCUUGCCUCGGGAAGACAUGUGAACACAAGGACUACGGGCGUUAUCUCGGAACUCUCAACUUCACUGUCAGCUUCGCGUUGCUCAUUACUGUGCCUAUAGGCGGUCAAAUGUUACAGACACUGGGGGCUCAGGCACUUGCAGGUCUAUACGUCGGGAUUCUCUGCAUUGCUGCUGCUGUACUCUACACAGCUAGAUCUAUCUUGGACGUCGGGUAA